AGAAAAAAUUUACCGCCGCAUAAAGAGCUCGCUCAUCUGCCUGUGGCACGGCGAGGUGGGUACAUUACUUGGAUUCAAAUACCGGUCGUCUUUUUAAUCCCUAACAAAUGCCCCGUGAAGAUCUUUCCACGGCCUUGCUCGUGGAUCACAUGAAUGAGGUUGACAAGCGCCGUCGGAUGAUGUCCGUAUCGCAAAAAGAGUUCGAGACCAAGAUGAUGCUCGCGACGCAGGACGCGAAGGAACUUCGCAAGACGGCUGACGCGAUGGACGCCGAAGAGGAAGAGCUCAAGCGUGAGUUGGAUUCUCUGACGGAGGAGCAGCGGAAGGUGGAGCUGCAGCUGGUGGUGGAGUCCUCCCGCGCCCGCCACUGCGAGACGGAGGAGCCGCUGUUGCGCGCCCACGCGGCUGAGCAAUUGUUGAAGCUGGAUGCUCAGUGGCGUGCUUUUCACGAGAAAUCGGAGGAGCUGGAGGAGCUUCGGCAAGCUUUCACGGGUGACCAAGUUGUGAGUGGCCUCAGGGAGACGAUUCGUCAGCUGGAAGAGGAUCUUCGAACGAAGAAGCAGGAAAAGGAGGUGAUAGAAAAGGAAGUGCUGGAAUUCACCGUGGAGUUGGCUCGACUGAGGGACCCCAUGCGUAGCCAACUUACCCCUGAGUCGAAUGCUUUGCUGCCAAGCUUCGAUCCCGCGCCAGUGAUCGUGGAGAAGAUGGAUAUCACCGCCCAACACGCGGCUCAGGAACUCAAACAGCAAAUUCAACAAGAAAAGUUGAAGUUUGAGCAGGUGGAAUUGUUGCACCGCCGCCAGCUUACCAUCCUUCAAACGGAAGUAGAGGACCUGGAGAUGCGUACAAAGGAGCUGUCAAGCGUCCUGCAAGGCGUCAGCCACAGUCGUGAACAACUGGAGAGCUCGCUCCGGUGGUUGCAUCAGUGCCUAGAGCACAAAAUGUGUUUUAACUGCAUGCAAAACCAUGAAUCAAAGAAUACGUAAUUUUCAGAGGUACACAGGCAAUAUAUAUAUAUAUAUAUAUCCUUAAGACCUUUUAUGCCCCACAUUACGCAGAUAAGAAAUCUUCUGUGUGACUGCUACCAUGACUUUUAUUCGUAAUUUCGUAUUAUUUUAAUUUUUUCCCCAUCUGCUUUUCACCAUCAUGUCCAAUAUGUUGAGGCCUACUUGAGCUCAAUACUUCAGAUACAUGAGGCCUUCAUGGUGUAUCAACAUUCAGGUUCACAU